AGUUCAUUCCAAAACUUCGAGGCCUUUAAACAUGAAUUUCUCUCUAUAUAUUUGCCUUUUGCUGUGUGUGGCUUUGAGCCAAGUUAGGGGUAACUGUUCAGGCGAAUGUCCGGAUACGGAGGAAGUUGUUUGGGCUCUUGGAGGAGGUUGCAAUGUUUUCCGGAAUAAGUGUUAUUUCGACAAGGAGAACUGCCAUCGAAAGCCAGCCUUGACCAUAACGACAAAGAGGGAGUGUCAGAAGCAAUGCGCCGACAUUUGUACAGCCAUCUACCAGCCCACAACUGGAAUCUACAAGGGCGAAGUCCUAAACUUUGGUAACGAAUGUGAAAAACGGGCUCACACCUGUCGUACUGGCCAGACUUUUUUGUAAGCCACGCAGAAUGUUUUAAGCGUGAACGAAAGUAAAUGAACUUUUACACCUAAAUCUAUUAGUUGUUUUUAUCUAUUAGGGCUCUUUGGGGCCUCAAGCAUGAAACCAAAUAUCGAAGUCGUGUUUGCGUAACAAACAGCCAACAAGUCACGUAGAAAUCAAGCGAGUGCGCUGAAUAAUAUAAAAGUGUUUUAGUCACACCCAGUUU